UGCCCAGAUGCGAGCUUAGAGCGGAGACUGGGCGCUGAGGACCUGCUUGCUCGCUGCUCCCAUCCCGCCGCCUCAUCCCGCGUGCUCCACUCCGCUCCCCUCCACCGAGCCGUCCUCCCGGCGCCAUGCAUCCCGCGCGCCCCGCGCUCUGGGCGGCUGCGCUCACCGCCCUCACUCUGCUCCGCGGACCGCCAGUGGCGCGGGCCGGCGCGGGCGCGGUGGGCGCGGGCCCCGUAGUGCGCUGCGAACCGUGCGACGCGCGUGCGCUGGCCCAGUGCGCGCCUCCGCCCACCGCGCCCGCGUGCACAGAGCUGGUGCGAGAGCCCGGCUGCGGCUGCUGCCUGACUUGCGCGCUGCGCGAAGGCGACGCGUGCGGCGUCUACACGGAGCGCUGUGGCACCGGCCUCCGCUGCCAGCCGAGACCCGCCGAGCAGUACCCGCUGAAGGCGCUGCUGAAUGGCCGCGGGUUCUGUGCCAACGCCAGCGCCGCCGGCAGCCUGAGCGCCUACCUCCCCUCCCAACCUGCUGCAGGAAAUGCCAGUGAGUCGGAGGAGGACCACAAUGCUGGGAGUGUGGAAAGCCAGGUUGUUCCCAGCACACACCGAGUGACUGAUUCCAAAUUCCAUCCACUCCAUUCAAAGAUGGAUGUCAUCAAAAAAGGCCACGCUAGGGACAGCCAGCGCUACAAAGUUGACUAUGAGUCUCAGAGCACAGACACCCAGAACUUCUCCUCCGAGUCUAAGCGGGAGACAGAAUACGGUCCCUGCCGCAGAGAAAUGGAGGACACACUGAAUCAUCUCAAGUUCCUCAAUGUGCUGAGUCCCAGAGGUGUCCACAUCCCAAACUGUGACAAGAAGGGGUUCUAUAAGAAGAAGCAGUGCCGCCCUUCCAAAGGCAGAAAGCGUGGCUUCUGCUGGUGUGUGGACAAGUACGGGCAGCCCUUGCCAGGCUAUGACACCAAGGGGAAAGAUGACGUACAUUGUCUCAGCGUGCAGAGCCAGUAGAUGCCGCUAUGCCACUUAUCGUGGAGCUCAGAUACGCCUUAUUUUGCACAAAAGACUGCAAUGACGUGCUCAUCAGCUGGCUACAGCCUUGAUUUAUAUUUCUUUCUUUUUUUUGUGGUGAACUGAGUAAAAACAAACAAACAAAAAACACAAACAUACACACAUACACAAAAACAAAAAACAGACAAACAAAAAAAAAAACCAAAGUUUAGACAGAUUUCUGAAAUGCCUCUGGUUGUUUAAAUAGUGAACUUGAUCGUCUUCCUACUUCCCAGUAGUCAACAAAAAGCAG